AUGGAGCAUCAUGAUUUUUGCAAGGGCCAUUCCUCCAAACAAGAAAUGAUAGCAGUUACUGCAGUUGCUUUACAGGAUCAUAUUAUACACGAUCUUCAGCUCCAGGACCUUUCAUUAGCAGAUCCUUUUAAGUCAAAAUCAAGGAAUAUAAAGAACAUUUACAAACCUGUGAACAAAGAAAUGGUCAGAGCAGUAGUAGAUACUGGACUAAGAAAAAAGAGCACUCACCACAAAAAAAAGGAAGAUUCAGAAAAGGAGUUUGUUCUUGAUCCCAAUCCUCCACAGCUAACAUUAGCUCAGAAAUUAGGCUUAGUUGAGCCUCCUCCCUUGCCACUCACUGCUGAAGAAUGGGCAAAAAUAAAGCAGAGAUCCAUAAAGCAUGGAGAUUCUGUACAGCCUUGUGCAAUAUGCAGGGAAGAAUUUGCGCUUCAGCCUCAGGUGUUGCUUUCAUGUUCCCAUGUAUUUCAUAAAGCAUGUCUGAAAGCCUUUGAAAAAUUUGCAGGUAAAAAGUCUUGUCCUAUGUGCAGGAGAAAGCAGUACCAGACCAGAGUAAUACAUGACGGAGCACGCUUGUUUAAAAUAAAGUGCGCUAUCAGAAUUCAAGCUUUCUGGAGGGGAUAUGUUGUUAGAAAAUGGUAUAAAAACUUGAGAAAAACAGUGCCUCCUAAAGAUAGCAAAUUAAGAAAACAGUUCUUUGAAGAAAAGGUUCAACAUAUCAGCAAUCGUCUGUUGAGUUCUUAUGAUGUAAACCUAGAUGAGUUUUUUUCUGAAAUAGAUUCUUCUAUAGCUGCAAGUCGAGAUGUGUUUCAGCAAUUGGAAGGAAAAGAAACGUUACUAAGCAAACUUGACUGGGAGAAGAUACAGAUGCAGGCAUUUCGACAAGAGAUAUUUGACUGUCCCAUUUGCAUUAUGCCACUCAGUCCAACUAUUCAUCCCCCCUGUAUAUUUUCUGGUAAGAGCAAUCAGUUUUCACGGAAGACUGUUCUGCUUUCAUGUUCACAUUUGUUUCAUCAUACCUGUCUUCAAGCAUUUGAAGAAUUUUCCAUGGGAGAAAGACACAUAUGUCCUUUGUGUCGCUCAUAUUAUGAGAAGAAAAUUCUUGAAUGUUGA